AGGGAAAACUCAGCUGAAUGUGCCUCCAGUAGAUCGAUCUUCGAUCCGAAGAUAUUCAAUUAACUUUUGUUUUUUCUUUCGGUACAAAGAAAGAUUUAAAUAUGAACACGAAACAACUACUUCUGACAACGAUGUUGAUGUUUGUGGCACUUAAACCGGUGAAAAGUUUGACUGUUGAACAAAUGGAGAAGAUGGCGAAGGGAAUGCGGAACGUAUGCUUGCAGAAAAUCCCCACGACCGAAGCUAUGGUUGACGGGCUCAGACGAGGUGAAUUCCCAGAGGACGAGAAUCUUAAAUGUUAUACACAUUGCAUUAUGAAGACCAUGCGAAGUUUUAAGAACGGAGCCAUUGACUUCAAUAUGACCAUGAAGCAAAUAGAUAUGUCGAUGCCAGCUGAUAUGGCAACUCGAAUGAAGGAGACCGUAAGAAAAUGUUCUGAAUUAGAGAUUACGGGCGAUCCGUGUCACAUAACAUUUCGAGUGGCACGGUCAAACUCCGUCCUUCUUUCGAAGAAAGAACAAUAUCGUGACGGAGUUCCGAAAAAAUUUUUAGCAAUAAAAAGUGUGGAAAGGAUGAAAGGGUACGGUGCUAUACUGCUGAUCGCGUUGAUGAUCGUCCUAACGGCGAUCAAGCACACGGAAAGCAAAAAGAUGACUAUCGAAGAAGCAAGGAAGACGGUUAAAAACCUGAGGAAAGUGUGCAGCAAGAAGACUGAUGCACCGAAAGAACUUUUGGACGGCCAGCACACGGGUGAGUUUCCAAAGGACGAGCGAUUAAUGUGUUAUCUGAAAUGCAUCAUGACUUCGACAAAAUCGAUGAAAAACGACAUGAUAAAUUGGGAAUUCUUCGCUAAAAAUUCUCGUCUCCUAUUGCUGGAGGAGUACGUCCCGCGAGUGGACCACAUAAUUGAAGUGUGCCAACCCCAAGUGACGGCCACGGAUGGAUGCGAAGUCGCGUGGCAAUUUGCCAAAUGCAUGUUCGAAACGGACUCGGAGAUGUACAUGGCGCCCUGAACAAUGAUUCAGCAAGUAAUUCACGGUAUCAUCA